CACCGCUUGGGAGAUAAUUUGCCCUAAUCGAUGGGAUUUAAUUCAUCGACAAUAUCGAUUCUAUUGUCGUUCACUCUUGGAUGCGGAUGAAAACGGUCAAAACACGAUCAUGCGAUUGAUGACGAGGUAUGCAAGAGAACAUCUUCAAGAUCCGAAUCGAAAUCAACAAUCAACAAAAGUUUCAGACCCUGAUCUAGAACUUCUACUAAAUGCUGUCACUCCACUCUUUUACUCAAGAAAUCCUUCAAUCAUCAUCUCAGCUACAAAUGUCUUCUUAUAUGUUGCACCCCUCACGAGAUUAGGGAGCAUUGUGGAUCCAUUGAUGAGACUCUUAUCACAAAGUGAAGUAGAACAAGACGAAGGGAAUUAUCUUGCGGUCUUGCAUCAGAUCUAUCAAAUUCUGAUCUCAGUUCCUGGACAAAUCUCAGGACUCUUUCGACAAUCUCUCUCAGAUUUCUUUAUUUCAUGUGCUAGUGAUUCUCGUUCGGUGAAAUUAAUUAAAUUGAAGAUCCUUACUAGCUUUGUUUCAUCUGGUUUAGAAGAUCAAGUCAAGAUCAUCAUCAAAGAAUUUAAAUUUUAUGUUAGAGAUUCAGAUCCUGUGUUUGUUGAAGAAGUGACUAAAUCGAUUGGACAUUUGGCUAUGAAUACGUUUGGUGAUGGUAGGAUUCAAGCUGUGAAAUUAUUGGUCCAACUUACAAAAGAAAGCGACUGUGCGCCUGUGAAUGAUUUAUCAUCAUCUCUUUAUGACUUCUGAUCUUAUUCACUUAGUAAGAUCCUUGAUUCAAUUUUAUACUG